AUGUUCUCGCUAGUCCCGACGGUCUUGACCACUGCCGCGGCUUUCAAACGCCUCUGGCAAUGUUUUGAUUGCACACAACAGGAGACUAGUACUCCACCCGACGUAGAGCUUGGUCCUGUUCGAAAUGAUUUGAUUCUAUCUUCAAAUAUUCCCAUCCCCCAGCACCCUGAACGAACGUCAGCGACAAUCCCUCAGAUAGACAUUGCUGGGCAAUUCAGUUACGGUAUACGAGCGCUUAUAAAUAUGGUAUCAAAUGCUGUGGUCUCGUCAGCUGCGUCCCCGUCAGGUCCCCCCACCCACCCACCGCUAGCCUUGUCUUCGGACAGCCAGGUACUGCUAGGUAAUCCAGCAAUUAAUCGGGGUUUGCCCACUGCAAGUACGACCUCAUGGAUUCCCCCGCUGGCCCAGCGUCUACCACGGUCGGAGGGCCAGGCAGCGAACGGUGGCGCAUUCCCAGCUCCGCCACCAUCGAAUCUCCCCCCGCUACAUCUCGCCUCGUUGAAGGACAUCCGGGUACUCGGAGGACCCAUGGAGAGGGAUGCGAAGCAACGGGAUGUGACGCUCUCGGAGGGAGUUUCGACCGCUGCAGGAGGAUAUGAACGUUCGCGGUGCUCAAGGGGGACUGCACUCUUCCCUACACCCCACCUGUCCCCACCAGCGCCGGUCGCUAGGUCGCAUGUGUCCGACACCCGUCUUCCGAUCCAGCCUCCCCCUCCAUUCCCGGUGCCUGUGGACAGGCAUGGCCUCUCGCAGAACUCAGUGCGGUCUGCAUAG